AUGGUUGCAACGUUGGGAUAUAUAGAAUUGGACAAAAUUAAAAAGGCUAUAUGCCUCAUCUUAGACAACUGUACUGCCCAUCCUAAUGUAUCUUUGAAAAACAUCAAACUUGAAUUUUUACGUCCUAAUACAACGUCAUUAAUUCAGCCUUUAGAUAUGGAUGUUAUCCAAAAUGUAAAGGUUAAGUAUAGAGUCAAAUACAUUUUAGAAAAGAUUGAGGACAAUUUACUUCAACCAAAAUCAACGGCAAUAGGUAUUACCAAAAAAAUUAAGCAAGCAAUUCAAUUAAUUUCAAACACCUGGCGUGAUGUAAGUAAUCAGACGAUAAAAAAUUGUUUUCGAAAGUGUGGUUUUUCGGAAGAAAGUCAUGCCAUCCAUCAACAAUUAGAACCAAAUUCCAAAGAACAUGAUAUCGUAAGAGUACUGAACAACGUAGAGUUUGAACAUCUGGAUUCAUGUUUGCAAUCCUACGACCAAAACGAAAAUAUUGAUAAGACAAUCAUUUAAUCUAAACAAGAUAAACAAUAUUUAGAUGAAGACAUAAACGAGGAACCAGAUCCACCAAUUCGACUUAAGAAGGUAAAGAAAUCUUCGGAAACAUUGAGAUUAUUUUUUCUUCAACAAGAAAAUGAGAGAAGCCCCAUAAGUGCUUUGGAUGCUUGUUCGGACUACAUUCAUCAAGAAUCAAUAAUAUGCAAGGAACAAAGUAAUAUUUAUAGUUUGUUUAGAUAA